AUGGUGAAGCGCACGGUGGCCGCGCCGUUUGUCCGCUCGGACCUGCACGCGGGGCGGUACGAGAACCUCAAGGUCGUGUACAUCAACCACCACAACCCGGACCUUUUCCUGCUGACCGAGGACGGCAGCGAAGUCAUGAAGAUUGAUCUGACGCGGCUGUCUUCCAUCGCUUCGCUUCACAAGCUGAUGUCGCUUCUCGGGCUGCGCGAGAUUUGCGGCGACGCAGACGAGCGAUGCGCCGGCUGGUCCAGCAAAGGGGAGUGCGACCGGAACGAAGCCUUUAUGCACACCAACUGCAGGAAGGCGUGCGGGCUGUGCGCAGAGGGCGCCAAGCAGGCCGAGGGCACCCUCUGCACGGACGCCGAGUCGGCAAACAACUGCCAGUACUGGUCCACUAUGGGCGAGUGCACCGCCAACGAGGCCUUCAUGCGCGAGAAGUGCGCGCGCGCCUGCGGUUUUUGCAAGGUUUCCUUUUCCGAGGACGACGCUGCGGAGAAGGACGAGCUUUAG